UUAUGAAAAUUGCAUGAAUUUUUUUUAUUCUAUCUUAUAAUAUUUGAAGAAUAUUUUAUAUUUUAAUUAAAAACUAUCAUGUCUGUUUUGAUGAUUGCCGAAAAGCCUUCAUUGGCUCAAUCAUUAGCACAGAUAUUAUCGUAUGGAAAUAUGACCACAAGAAAAAAUGCCGCUUGUCCGGUUCAUGAAUAUCGCGGCACAUUUUUAGGACAAAAUGUUUCGUUCAAAUUUACAUCGGUUUGUGGACAUGUUUAUACCGCUGAUUUUGAAAGACGUUUUAAGAAUUGGGAUACAAGUGAUCCGGUCGAUUUGUAUUCAGCUAAAAUUGUACGCGUCGAAGCUAAUCCCAAAAUGAAAUUGGUCAAUUUUCUACAGAAAGAAGCUCGUGGUUGUAAAUAUCUUGUUCUAUGGCUUGAUUGUGACAAAGAAGGUGAAAACAUUUGUUUCGAAGUUAUUGAUACCAUUUCAGGUAUGAUGAACAUUUCAUUUCGUAAUCCUCAGACUGUCUUUCGAGCAUAUUUUAGUGCCAUUACACAGAAGGAUAUUCGAGAUGCAUUUAAUAAUCUUCGCCUUCCAAAUAAACUGGAAGCUCUUUCCGUAACUGCGCGACAAGAACUUGAUCUAAUUGUUGGCUGUUCGUUUACACGUUAUCAAACUCGAUAUUUUCAAGGAAAAUAUGGCGAUCUUGAUAGUUCACUUGUAUCAUAUGGUCCUUGUCAGGUUCCAACGUUAGCAUUUUGUGUACAACGUCAUGAUGAAAUUGAAUCAUUCAAACCGCAACCAUAUUGGACGAUGUCAGCUGUUGUUGCACCUGUUAAUUUCUCUGGUGAAUACAUAACGAUGGAAUGGAUGGGCGAACCAGAAUUCAAUAACGGAAAAAUCAAAUCAAUUCACAAUUCUCUCAAAGAUAUUAAACGUGGAAAAAUUGUUUCGAUCAAAAGAACAACGAAAACAACUGGCAAACCAAAGGCAUUAAAUACUGUUGAAUUAUUAAAGGUGGCUAGUGCUAAACUUGGUAUUGGUCCUCAUACAGCCAUGCAACUGGCCGAACGACUUUAUACACAAGGUUAUAUUAGUUAUCCUCGUACGGAAACAACAUUGUAUCCGAAAAAUUUUGAUUUUGUCGACGUAUUAGAAUCACAAAAAUCGAAUAAUGUUUGGGGAUCUGAUGUUAGAGAUUUAUUAAGUCAAGGAUUUUCACCACCACGUUCUGGACAUGAUGCCGGUGAUCAUCCACCGAUUACGCCAAUGAAAGCAGCAACACCAAUGGAACUUGGUGGUGAUUGUUGGCGUAUCUAUGAAUACAUUGCACGACAUUUUAUGGCUUCAUUGUCCACCGAUAUGGUACAUGAUGUUGUAACGGUCAUCGCUGAAAUUGGAUCUCAAUCAUUUAGAACUUCAUCUUCCGAAUUAAAACAUCCGGGUUAUACAAAAUUUUUACCAAAAGGUUCGUCAUUAAAUGAACGAUCAAUACCAUCGAUGCUGAAGGAAAAUGAUGAAGUUUUAGUAUCGGAGAUAAAAAUCAACAAUCAUAUGACACAGGCACCAAGUUAUCUAACUGAAUCCGAAUUAAUUUCAUUGAUGGAAAAACAUGGAAUCGGUACGGAUGCAUCGAUACCGACGCACAUUAAUAAUAUUUGCCAAAGAAAUUAUGUGAAAAUUUCCGGUGGAAGACAAUUGACACCGACAAAAUUAGGCAUUCUUUUAGUGCAUGGUUAUCGUCGAAUCGAUAAUGAUUUGGUCUCAUCGAACAUUCGUUCAGAUAUGGAAAAAGAAUUGAAUCAAAUUGCUAAAGGUUUGGCUGAUUUUGAAAUCGUAUUACAGAAAAAUAUUGAUUAUUAUCGUGGAAAAUUUCUACGUUACAUUGAAAAUAUUCAUCUUAUGGAUGAACUUUUUUCCAAAAAUUUUACAUCUUUAGUCGAAACAGGCAAACCAUUUUCAAAAUGCGGAAAAUGUAAACGAUAUAUGAAAUUGAUUGAAACCAAACCAGAACGAUUGGUAUGUGCUAUUUGUAAUGAAGCAUAUAAUCUACCUGGAAAUGGAAGCAUUAAAACCUACAAAGAAGUACAAUGUCCAAUCGAUGAUUUUGAUUUACUUUAUUUUACUGGACAGAAAAAUUUUAUAUUCUGUCCGAAUUGCUACAAUGAUCCACCGUUUGAAGAUAUGGGCAAAAAUGUUGGUUGUAAUCGUUGCACAAAUAAUGAAUGUAGUUAUUCUAUGCAUCGAAAUACACUCGGUCCAUGUCAUGCAUGUAAUUACAAUGGACAAUUAAUAUUGGAUCAAGGAUCCGGACCAAAUUGGAAAUUUCUUUGUAAUCAUUGUCAAUUUUCAAUGACAUUGUUUAAAGGUGCAUCCAAAGUAAAUAUUGAUCGUCAACGAUGUCAAUCAUGUCAAUCAAAUUAUUUGAUGAUCAAAUAUCAAUCGGAAAAAGCACGUCGAGAAAAUGGUAUGACAGAUUUUCUUGGCUGUUUAUGGUGUUCACCCGAAUUACAUAAUGUUGUCGAAGCUAUACAAAAUUAUUCACGAAGUUUUAAUCAGGCACAAAAUGGUAAUGAAGGUGAUCGUGGCGGAUAUCCUCAUCAUUAUAAUGGACGAGGAGGAGGUAGCCGUGGUGGUGGCGGUGGACGAGGAAGGGGACGUGGUGGAAGAGGUGGACAUUCAUCACGAGGUCGUGGUAGUAGUGGUGGAAGAGGAGGUUCAAGAGGACGUGGCAGUUUCCGUGGUAGAUAAUUUAAUUUAAAAAUUUUUUAUGUAAAAUUUUUUUUUUAAUUAUCAUUAAAACUGAAUAUAUUAAUUGAUUAA